AUGCCUCCUUCAACACCAAACUUAACAGGCAGCAGCGACCCCGCAGCGACUCCGUAUGGCAAUCACACCUCUUUUGCCUGGGAGGCGAUGCCUGACUGGGGUGGUGCGAAAUCGAUCAUCUACCGCUCAGCGGAUGGAAAGGUGGUGGCCGCAGCGGCAAAGGAGUCAGGCACCGGCACCCUCACUUACCCCUGCGACGAGUUCUUCUACGUGACGGCCGGCUGGAUCAAGCUCAACAUCCAUGGUGGAGAAACGUUCACUCUUAAGACGGGCGACUUUGUCUAUUUGAAGAAAGGCACGACGGUGGAUUUCGAGUUCGGAGACGACUUCACCAAUGCGGCAGUGUUUAUCAACGACGAGAGGAUCACUUUGAUGUAG